GAGAAAUAGUUUAUUACUAAAAGAAAUAUUUUAUUACUAUGAUUAAAAGUUUGUGUUCAGUGCAAAAGUUAAUUCUGAAAAGAAAUCUUUCUUAAAGUUGUUUUAUGCUGUAAUUUUGUAUUUAAACUGUAAGUACCUUAGUACCUGACAAUUUUGUAUGUAGAUUGUUGAAUGUAAAUGCACCGCAGAUAAAUUCAAUGAUAAAUGAUUAAUUCAUAUUUUUUUUGGUUUCAGAAAAAUGAUUUUAUCCCCCUGACUUCUAACCUUAAACUAGGAUCACUCCGACAAUACUGAUGAAUUUAAAAUUAUUAAUUUAUUUUAAACUAAAAUAAACCGAUCUAUCCAAGUAUGGGAGAUAUUCUACUAUUUGCUCUCUCCCUGGUAGAUACUGGAGCUCUCAUAUUCAUCCUUGUCUUCUUUAUUAUUACACUCUCAGAUCUUGAGUGUGACUACUUAAAUGCUCAGGAGUGCUGCGGAAGACUGAACUUCUGGAAUAUUCCAAAAUUAUGGAGUCAGCUGUUACUUCCAAUUCUGCUCACACUCACAGGACACUGGAUGCUAGUUCUGUUAAAUCUUCCAAUAUGUAUCUGGUUAAUCAGGCAGUUUCAUUGCAUCAGGAGAGGAAAUUUAGGUGAAUAUGACCCAGCAGAGAUACAUAAUGCAGGUCAGCUUAGAAAACAUAUGAUUCAUGUUUCCCUUCACCUGGCCUGGCAGAUGGUUUCUUUCUUCAUUUAUCUUUACUGCUUGCUUGACGCUGUUAUGCUAGAGGACGUAAUGCUUCCAGCAGACGAUGAUGUCACUGUUCUGAAUCGACCAGUUCAAACCAAAUAUUACACAACCCCGGCUACUAAAGAACAUCAUCCUCAGCGGGAUUAUGAUUUCUAGUUGGUUUUUACUUUUUAA